CAAAAACGGAGAUAAACAUUUUUGCCGUAAGACUUUUUUACAAUUUUUAUAGUAUGACCGGAUUUUGUUUCGGACGAUUCGAAUGGAAACAACGAUGGUCAAUGAUUAAAUUAACAAUUAUGUUAACAUUAUUUAUCAAUGCAAUAUUUUAUAUGUAUAUUCAAUCAAAAAAUCAUCAUCAAUAUAAUAAUUAUAUAUUGGCAACAAAAAUCAGUCAAAAUGUAUUUGGUCAUUUUAUUGAUAUGGGAAAUUCAUUCAUAUUUUUCCUAGUAUUUUUCGUUGCAUAUUUUGUUUAUUCAUUUAAUGGUUUGGAUUUAAUAUCAUUAGCAAAUUCAUCGAUAUUUCAACAAAUUUAUUGUGAUAAUUCAAGAAAUCGUAUUAUAUCUUCGGCUAUAUUUAUAAUGGCUAUUGUGAAUACUUUAUUACUUUAUAUAUCGUGUUUUGAUGAAGUAUCAGUCAAUUUGGAAGCGAUCAAUGGAUCUUAUAUUGUUUAUAAUCUAUUUAUUGGUUAUUUAUUUUUUUUAAUUCAUAUGGCUGAAAUUGGUGUACGUUUAGUAUUUUAUUAUUUUAAAAAUGCCAUCCGAAGAUUAUUACAACGAAUUGAAUUACAAUUCAUUUCGAAUGAAAUUAAUGAUGAACAAUGUCUUCAUACUAUACGUAAAUUGACAAAUAUUUCAAUGAAAUUUCAUCAAAAAGCCGGUCUAUUAGGAUUAAUCUAUAUAUUUGAAUGGUCAUAUUAUUGGAUACAAACAUUAUUACAAAUUCAUAUUGGUUUACUAAAUUAUUUUCAAUUAAUAAUGAUAUUUAUAAAUACAUUAUGUAUAUUUCAUUGGAUAUGGAUGGAUUAUCAAAUUCAAAAAUCAUUUAAAAAUAUAAUCAAACAACUUUGUUGGCGAAAUAAUCAACAACAGCAAAAUUUUAAAAUCAAAACAACAAAAUCAAUGAAACAUUUAUUGCAGAUAUUGGAUAAUGAACGUCAAACAACAAUGGAUAUUGAUCAAUUAUGGCCAUUAUUUGAUCAAAUUGGUGCAAUUUGGUUGAUAAAAAUUCGACCACAAUUACGUAAUCAGAUUAGAUAUUUUGAAAUGUCGGAAUUAUAUCAAGAAUAUUUUCGAAUGAAUUUUUAUGAUUUUUUUAUCUAUGAUCAACGAUUUCUGCUAUCAAUGAUUAUAUUUUCUACCAGUUAUUUUGUAUUGAUAAUACAAACCGAAAAAUGAAACAAAAAAAAAAUGGGAAUUUUCUCGAAAAAAAACAACGCUUAUUACA